CUUUUCUUUGUUCUAGAGAAGCUCCGAGAGCAUGCUGGUAGGUGCUACCUACUUCAUCUUGUUGGUGUGUAGUCAUUUUAUUUUUUAUAUUUUGAUGUAUAGAUUUAUGAUGAUGAUAGUAUGAUUUUUUUUUUUUAUCAUGAAAUGAGUAGUAAUGUAGUUUUAUCUCUUGGAAGUUGGAACAUUAACUUACCCCACUAGUGAAUCCUGAAAAGGGAUUGGAAAUUGACUGAUGAGAGUGUUGCCCAAGUCACGAACACAACUUCUCUGUCUUCUCUUUUGAGUUGUCUCUAUUUUCUGUCACAAAAAAAAAAGUAAAAACCCUAAUCCCAUAGCCAAGAGGAAGGAGAUCUUCGUCGUCCACCGUCCUCGUCGCUGUCUGCCGUCCGCUCCACCCCUUCUGCCCUGCUCCGGAGUUUGAAGCCAUGUCUUCAUCAUCUUAUCUUCCUGCCACCACAGAAUCAGUUGCUCUGGCAUUGGAGGCCAAAGACCCAUCUGAUGCCAUUUCCAUUCUUUAUCGCGUCCUCGACGAUCCGUCUUCUUCACCGGAAGCUCUGCGUAUGAAGGAGCAGGCCAUCACAAACCUCACUGAUCUUCUCAGGCAAGAGAAUCGGGGAGAGGAUCUGCGCGGUCUUCUCACUCAAUUGAGACCUUUUUUCUCCUUGAUUCCGAAGGCCAAAACUGCAAAGAUUGUUAGGGGAAUAAUCGACUCCGUUGCUAAAAUACCGGGCUCGUCUGAUCUGCAAAUCGCACUCUGCAAAGAAAUGGUGCAGUGGACUCGUGCUGAGAAGCGUACCUUUCUCAGGCAGCGAGUUGAGGCAAGGCUUGCGGCGCUUCUCAUGGAAACGAAAGAGUAUUCGGAAGCUUUGACUCUUCUUUCCGGGUUGGUUAAAGAGGUUCGCAGAUUAGAUGACAAGCUGCUCCUUGUGGACAUAGACUUGCUGGAAAGCAAGCUACACUUCUCAUUAAGAAACCUUCCAAAGGCGAAAGCUGCUCUCACCGCUGCGAGAACAGCUGCUAAUGCAAUUUAUGUGCCUCCAGCUCAACAAGGUGCCAUAGAUCUGCAGAGUGGGAUACUUCAUGCUGAGGAGAAGGAUUACAAAACAGCAUACAGUUAUUUCUUUGAAGCUUUCGAGUCUUUCAAUGCGCUCGAAGAUCCCAAGGCUGUUUUUAGCUUGAAAUACAUGCUCUUGUGCAAGAUCAUGGUGAAUCAAGCUGAUGACGUGGGCGGAAUUAUCUCAUCCAAAGCAGGCCUGCAAUACGUUGGACCCGAUUUGGAUGCUAUGAAAGCUGUUGCUGAUGCUCAUUCCAAGCGAUCCCUCAAGUUAUUUGAAACUGCUUUGCGUGACUACAAGGCGCAGUUGGAGGAAGACCCAAUAGUUCACAGGCACCUGCAAUCUCUGUAUGGUACCCUUAUGGAGCAGAAUCUUUGUAGAUUGAUUGAGCCAUUCUCAAGGGUUGAGAUUGCACACAUUGCUGAGCUUAUUGAACUUCCCAUUGAACAUGUGGAGAGGAAGUUGUCUCAGAUGAUUCUGGACAAGAAGUUUGCUGGGACAUUGGAUCAAGGUGCUGGAUGCCUCAUCAUAUUUGAUGAUCCCAAGACUGAUGCUAUAUAUCCUGCAACUUUGGAGACCAUUUCCAAUAUUGGCAAGGUCGUGGACAGUCUUUAUGUUAGGUCUGCCAAGAUAAUGGCCUGAGCUCUCUGCCAAUAAUGUUGCUGUUUUUCUCAAUGUUUAUUAGCUUAUCCUUUGUCUCCUUUCUUUUGUUUAACUCGAUCUUUAAAAGGUUUUGGUGGUUUCUUCCACUUGCCUAACCUUGAUUUCGUUAAAAUAUAAUACACUUUUCUUUUGAUAUUAA